AUGAUUAAAAGAGCAUGUAUACUUUAUGAGUUUUUAGAAAUGUUAUUAGUUAAACAUCCAAAUUUAAAAAUUUUUAUGCCAAAUAAUGAAGAUUGGAAAAUUUAUGAAGAUUUGAUUCAGCUAUUAGAACAAUUCAAUGAUGCUACUAUUGAACUUUCAUCACAAACUUAUCCAACAAUUGCACAUGCACAAAUAAUUUUAUUAGCUCUUAGAAAUGAUUUAGAACUUGAUAAGGGUGAAAACUAUCAAUUACAAAAUGUUGUUGAUGCUAUGAUAUAUAAAUAUAUUGAAUAUUUCAAUUUAAUAACAGAAUCUUUACACAUUUUUGCUUUUUUAGAUCCUAGAUAUAAAAAGUAUUGUUUUCCUAACAUGUCCAUUGAAGAAAUUUUAACACCAAUUAGAAAAAAAAUAAAUUUACAAUCAACUUUAUUACCACCACCUAAAAAAGCAUCAAGUUUUUAUCAAAAAUUACUACAUUCAUCACAACAAGUACAAACAAUAGAUGAUGAAGUUCAAAAAUAUUGGUCUAAUACAGAAGCAAAUGAAUCUAUAAAACUUUUGGAUUGGUGGA